GCAGAGGUCCGCAGAGGCCGGUUGGUCGGCGCAUGGCAAAGCCUUCAUCGAGAGCAGCCAUGGCGGCUGCGCCCCUUCCUCGGCGCCCCUUCCUCGGCGGCCUUCCCUGUCUGGUCGCCAUCUGCACAAGCUUGCUCUCUGCCCCUGCGGCACCGACAGUCAGCGGCAGGCCCCUCUCUCUCGACGCCACAAGCCACCAGGCGUCGGCAGCGGGGCUCCAUCCACCCCGACACACUUACGGCGGCCACCCACCGAGAAGGCGGCGGGCCCGGCGACUCGCUGACACACAGGGGGAGGAAGAGAAGGCCAACGUGAUGCGAGUGGAGAUGGCGCCCGACAGGCUGGUGCACAUCGAGUCGACGCCCUUUCUGCGCUUCCGGCCGACCAAUGGCGACGUCGAGGAGGCCGGGAGAGAGUGGCGGAGGCAGCAGGUGACCAUUGAGAAUAAGGAGAGCGUCCCGCUGCCCAUCUACGUCACUCUGGAGGGCAAGGACAAGGGCCUCUUUGCAGUGGAGCUCAGCCCCGAUGACGCGGGGCGUGGUGCACAGCUGCCCGCCGCCCUCCUGCUGCAGCCAAACGCGCCACAGACGCUGCACGUGACCAUGUGGAAACCACAGAAAUCUGCCCGUUCUGUUGGCUUCACGGCUGUGGCUGCACUGGUGGGGACGGCUUACCCGUCGGAGGGCAGCGUGUCAUCCUUCUAUGCCGACGAGGAGCGGCAGACUGACGGGCGGACAGUGGUGCAGGUGCCAUUGCUGGCCGACACGCGAGCGGCGGGCGACAAAAUGGCGUUUGACGUGUCUGUGCCGGCCAGCACCUUUGUGGGCUUCACGCUGCCGGGCGAGGACUUCUCCCACGGCCACGGCAUUGAGAGCAUCCUGGACAUCGACGUCGAGGCGACGGAGAAUACCACUGCUGAGGGCAAGAACAAGGGCGAGACGGCAAAUGUCGUCUUCUGGGGCGACUCGGAUGUCUUCAAGGUGGGCUGGGCGAGCGACGUACGAACAUAUAUGUGGCUCUUUACUGACUGACCCUUCUCACCCUCUCCCAUCCAUACUGCCUGCGUGCAUUUAGGUGUCCUUUCCCUCAGUGUCACCCAUGGAUGUCGACGCGAGUGAUGGUGUGGGUCAUGCAGACGGCCUGCACCUGGGGGUAGGGAAGACGCCAGUGCGUGUCUUCUUCGGCGGGCCGACCAAGGGCACCCACAAGGGGUGCCUGGCCGUCAUCGGCAGGGCCUCCUCCGCCGCCAUCGGCUGCUUCUCGGGCACCGUGUUGGACCACGUGCACCUUCAUCCCGUCAUCGACGUGCCGCAGGUGACAGUGCUGCCGGACGACCCCAACGGCAAGACGCCCACCAAGACGGUCGAGCUCAAGGCCGAGCGGUCACACACGCACGAGCAGGACAGCAACGCCCGCUUUCGCGUGACCAAGUACCAGUGGCGCGUGCACCAGCACCCCAACCUCGCUGCCGACCAAACACAGCCGCCGGUGAAGGUGUGGGCGAGCGGGGAGAGGGACGGCAGCAAUGUCAAUGUGACGUUGGGGCUGGGCAGCCACAUUGCGAUGCUGACCAUAUGGGAUAACGAGGGCAAGGCCAUCACCGACUCGGCCUUGAUGCACGUGGUCACCACCAGACAGAUCCCCGGGCCGAAGGUGACCCCACACACGCAAACAUGGGGGAGAUUUCUCGCCUCAUUGCGUGUUGUGUGUUGUGUGUGUGCAGAUAUCUCUGUAUGAGCCGGUAGACAACGGCACCACUCUGAAGAGCCUGCUCAACGCCAACCAGGGUGACUUGCCCAAGCCGGUCUUUGUGUCGUCGCCAGCGUCCGUCAAGUCCCUCCCGCCCCCACUCGCCAGCGCCAUGGCCGUCACUCCGCCCACACCCACACUCGUCAAGUACUUUGAAGUGCCCAUACAGGUAGGUCAGCAGGUUGGCCGCUUAUCGAUCGACCGCAGAGACAGCACACAGACGGGCGCAAGCGUGAUGCCGAUCGGCAUCAUGAUGUGAUGUGUGUGUGAUCAGAACGCCCCCAAUGGCCGGCCCUUCAUCGGCGGUGAGGGCUCUACAUACGACAAGGGUGUCAUGGUCCGGGCGACGGCCAGAGUGCCGUGGAGGUACCUGCAGGCGGCAAGGCGCGCCUCAUCCCACCGCCCGAUGCAGCGGCUCAUGAACCAGCAGCAGGGUGCCCUUGACGAGGAGGACGACCAUGUCAUCCUCAAUGCGUGGGGCGGCGAGGGUGUGGUGGGCAGCGUCCGUGUGGGCGGGCACGUGCUGCUGCACAACGAGCGCGGCGAGCACAAGAUCCGGGGCAACGCGUACAAGGCUGACGAGGUGGUUGACUUGGAGGUCAGGUUCGCCGUCGAGCAGCCCACUACCGCACUCAGGGUGAGAAAGGGAUGCACACACACAGUCAGACAGACACUCCCAUGGCUUCAUCUCCCACUGUCUAUCUCUCUGUGUGUGGUGUGGUAUAGCUGCUGGUCAACGGCGAUCCCUUUCCCCUCUUUCGGUCUGAGUGGCUGGCCAAGCACGGCACCAGCAGCAACCAUGACUUGAAGCACCUAGCCGCCCCCGCCGCUGCCCCCUCCCUCCCCCACCUGAAUCCCAAUGUGCUGGUCUUCCACGACACAUCGACAGCCAAGCCGUUCAUCAACAAGAUCGAUCCACAGGCACUCCCGCAUCCGCCAUCCAGACAGCCAGAGGGAGGGGGCGCCCCUACGGCCAUGAUCCAGGUGUAUGGCAACGCGCUGCUCAAGACGGAGGCGCCCGGCAGGGGUGUGGUGGUCAAGUGGGGUGACGAUGUGAUCACGCCCGAGGGCGUGGCGCACGACCGGCUGACGAUUGAGGUGCCGCUGAAGGGCGUGGGUGGUGGGGCGAUGACCAUGCAGCAGGGGGAGAGGGGGGACGUGAGGGUGGGGGUGGCGGUGAAGAUCGGCGACGACGAGUCCAACACAGCCACAUUCACCUUCUCUGACAAACUCGCAAAGGGCAAUGGUACGGUAUGGUACGCCCCCGUGCACCCGCCCGUCUCUCCCACACACACAUUCUAUGUGUGCUGCAUGCAGAUGGCCCAGGUCCGUCCAAGCCGCUGCCCAAGAUAGCAUGGUACCCUCCUUUCGAUUUCCCCAUCGAGGGCGGCCCCACCGCCGCCACGAUGGGCCCCGACGGCAACCUCUACGUCGGCACCGUCUCGGGCCUCAUCCAUGUGGUCCAGCUGGCGCACCAGUACAACGGCCCGGACGCCGCCCCCCUCACCGUCCGGAGUCACUCCACCAUCCGGGCUCUCAAGGAUGUCUACGGCGACGAGCAUAGCAUCCUCGGCAUACGAAUCGACCCCUACUCGGACCCCAACGCUCCCCACCUCUACGUGGCACACGCCGACAUCUACGCCAAGGGCCACGGGUGCGACCGGGUGCUCAAGGAGGGGCUGGGCUUCAUCGGGCGGAUCAGCAGGAUCACGCUGCGGCCGGAGGGGGACGAGCAGCCGCCGGCUGUGCAGCCGGUGCUGAGCAAUUUGCCGUGCAGCAAUGGGGACGUGUGUGUCAACGGGAUGGAUUUCGACUUCAACGGGACCAUGUAUUGGGGCCAGGGAAGCGUCACCAACGGCGGGCCGGCCGAGUGCUUCUUCGGCAUGAUUGAGGAGAGCCCUCUCUCAGGAGCCAUCGGCAAGGUCAGUCAGUGGCCUGUGGGUGGGUGUGGGUUUAAACAUGAACACGCAUACAGCUGUCUGACUGUGGGUGGUGUCAUCCAUUCAUCCAUCGAUCAGGCCGAGAUAAGGCGGCCCGACUUCAACGGCUACGUCAUGUACGACUACAAGGACACCGUCUACACGCGCCACAAGGGGCUGGCGGGCAAGCCGGCGCCCAACGACCAGCGCAACGCCAGUCUGUUCGACAUCAGCCCCAAAACCAGAGGCGUCGACUGGCACGCCGCGGGGUUCCACAACAGCUGGGAGCCCGUUGUCACCACAAAAGGUCGAUCACGACCCCACCCAUCCACUCACUCACCCACCCACACAAAAGUACCUCUCUCUCUCUCUGUGUGUGUGUGUGUGUGUAUGCAGGUGACAUCUGGUGCUCGGCGAAUGGUGCGUCUGAGGGUCUGGGUAAGCGGUUCGACAACGCAGGUGUGGACGUCUUUCGCAGCCGCGUGGCGGCCGCCCAGGCGACGGCCAAGAAGACGGGCAGGGACCCCGCCACCAUCGAGUGCGGCUUGGGGUGGCCCGAAUGCCAACCCAGACAAGUGCCCUCAUACUCGUCCGACAGAGUGAGUCAGUGAGUGAGCUCAUCGCCCGCACACUCAUGUGCAUCGUGGUUGGUAUGUUGGUUUGCGCCUGUGUGUGUGUGGCAGAUAUACGGUCCUCUGACGGGCCGCACAUAUCACGGGUACCCCAACCCCAACAGGGCGCAGAGCGACCCCCGUCAGUGGUACUUUUACGCUGCCUCCGACCCGCCCAAUCCGGCUCGCUACCAGCAGGGCUACCACAUCGACUCGUCCACCAACGGAAUCACCGAGUUCAGAGGUAUGGUGGCCACAACAGCCAGCCAGCCAGCCAGCCAUUGUGUCUGUCGGUGUUUGCGCAUCGUGCGCUUGUGUGUGGGGCAUGGCUUUGCAGGUGCUUGCUUCGGCGGCCAGCUGCGAGGCGACCUCGUCGCAGCCCAAUGGAACCAGAAAGUCUUUCGGUCAGAGAAGAGACACCCACCACCCAGACGGACAUCUCUCUGUGUUGUAUGGUGUUUUGUGUGUAUCAGUGUGCAUCGUACGGCGUCCGACGCAGGGGAUGGCUUCGCCCCGUCGGUUGCGGUGUCUGUGUUGAGCAACCAGCUCAAGGCCCUCGGCCUGGAGUACGGCCCCGGCUGUCAGCUCUUAGGCCUGGACUUCAGCGGCAACCGGCUCACCGUGCUCACACCGAAGGAGGAGCACCACCACCACGACCAUGACGCAGAGGCAGACGACGGGCAUGAGCCUGUGGUACGCAGAGAGAGAGAGAGAGAGAGAGAGAGCAGGUACACUGUGUGUGGGUGUGUGGGUCUACAGGUAUGGGACGUGACGCCGUGGCGAGGGAAUGUGGACCACGACCAGAGGGUGGUCAUCGGCGGCAGGAGGUUCCUCUCCAACAACGGGCUGGCGAGGCCCAACGGCAUCACCAUCGGCCCACUGGCGUGCAUCAUCACAGACAUCCAGGACAUCUUCAUGUCGUGCGCCGUGUCGAUGGACCAGCCGCCGCCCUCACCUGCCCCGCCACACAAGACCUACCCCGCAGGCACGGCCACCCACCGCACGAGCAAGGGCAUCGAGGUGCCGCUUGAUGCGUGGACCGACAUGACUGUGACCUUCGAUGACGGCACCAAUGUCACACUCGAGAGGGCCUUUCUCUUUCACAAACCUUCGCCCGUCGCUGAGCCAUUCGGUGUGCUGGCGGGGGGAGGGCCGUGUCUCUCUCUCUCUCUCUCUCCCCUCUAUAGCAAUUUUUGUGUGUGUGUGUGUUUAUGCAGAGGGCGAGAUUGACCAUGCUGAUUGCGUCUUGGACGACGUCGACUUGCCCGACUACGACGUCAAGUGGCUCGACUUCGUGCCGUCCGUCUACCUGUGCCAGCAGGAGUGCGUCCACCAGACCGACCCCCCCUGCGACGCCUUCAGCUAUGUCCACACAGAGCCCCUCUCCGCCAUGAACUGCUGGCUCAAGCACAUCACCAGCGCCACACCCACAGGCACAUCAGCCGACCUCUCCACCGAGAGCACUCUGCGCCGGAUGGCAGACACCAGCAGCCAGCUCCGCGUGACGCCCUCUCAGUUCGUCCGCAAGGCUGGCGUCACCAUGGGCCCGCGUGUGUGUGGCGAGAGCAGGCAGUGGAAGUGGCUGAGGUCCGAGGCGCUGAAGCGCCUGCAGGAGAUGCCUGUGAUGCAGCUGGAGGGGAGGGAGGAGGGGAUGAUGCAUCCGGCGGGCAGCAAGCCCGACGACGGCGAGGAGAAGAUCCUCCCCGACACAAACACCAACGCCGCGAUGGGCUACCGCGGCAUUGCCGAGCAGGGGAGCCAGCAUCACGGUUUUGACAACAGCCCCCUCUCGGGCCUGCCCUUUGGCCAUGCCCAGCGGGCCGACGAGUGGCCCAAUGGCGAAGACGCAGCCAAGCUGGCCGUUGGCGCAUCGGACAACACCACCAAGAGCGGCAGCCCCAGCCCCAGCAGCAGCAGCAAGAGCAGCAGCAAGUGCUCCGCGAGAAAUGUCUACUUCACUGGGGACAUCGCCCGUGCACUUGCCGAUGUGCCGUCUGCCGACGCGUGUCAGGCGGCCUGCCGCCAAAUGCGUGAGUGUCUCUUCUGGACGUUCAUUGUCGGCAUGAGGGAGAGGGUGGGCAAACAGGCCGACAACUGCGUGUAAGCACAGGACGACGGACCACUCGAAUCAACCAACCCACAUGUGUCUCCAUCCAUCCAUUCUGUGUUUCGUGUGUGUGUGCACAGGCUGAAGCACACGGCCGGCAGCGUCAAGCCCAACGCAGAGGGUGCGCUUGAGACCAUCAGCGGGCCGAAGGAGUGCUCUGCAGACACAGACACACCCACGAGGAGGCGUAACAACAACAACAACAACAACAAGGGCAAGGGGAGGGGCAAGGGGAAGGGCGGGUGGAAAGGAAAGGGCAGGCAGGGCAAGUGGAUGGGCAAGGGGAAGGGCAAGUGGGUGGGCAAGGGGAAGGGCAAGACACCGGGCGGGUGAGGUGAUCGGUUGGGUCGGGUGUACAUAUAUACAUACAUACAUACGCAUACACAGACAGACAGACAGACAGACAUUCAGACAGAUAUUCAGACAGACAGACGGUUUGUGCGCUGUUUCUUUUCUUUCUUGUGUACUAGCUGCCUGCCUGCCUGCCUGUCUGUCUAUAUUGCAUUGUAUUGUAUUGGAUGGUAUUAUAUGUAUUGCCUGCGCGCAGGCGGAGCACGUAGAUAUGUAGGGCCGGAUACGUAUGAUAUGUGUAUCUAUUUAUGGACCGACACAUACGUACAUGAAACAUGAUCCUGAGACGUGAGACGUGAGACAUGGAUGGAUGGAUGGAUGGAGGAAGGAAAUAAACGUGCUGUGUGGGUGUGGGUGUGAGUGUGGGUGUUAUCUAUCUAUCUGUCCGUCCGUGGCCGCACGCGCACACUCACAUGCAGUGGAUGGAUGGGAGGGUGUCUAUACGCGCGUUAGCGGUGUCUUCAUGACUGUCCCCACUCCCCUCUCUGUUUGUCGGUCGGUUUCCCCUCUGCAGAUCUGGGGUGGUGUGGUGUGGUGUGGCAUCGGUCUGUGUGCAGAUUAGAUACAACAGCUAGGGCUAACAAUAUAUAUUGAUAACCGUAUUUGUGCAGGUGUGUACAGAGAGAGAGAGAGAGAGAGAGUUACGGCCUUUCGUGCGCAUAUGUUUGUAUGUAUGUUGAUAAGUCGGCUGCUGCGCUGCGCCGUGCAGUGCUGCGGGCGGCUCUCUGUCGGUGUGUAUCUAUGUCUCGCUCUCUGAUGGAUGGAUGGAUGGCCCGCGCCAUAAAACGUUACGGAAGAGGGCGUUUUUGUCAGUCAGUCAGUCAGUCGGGUCGGUCGGAUCGGUCGGUCCGUUGGAUACGCAUCGAUGGACGUGUGGAUGAAGAAUGAGUGAAUGACUCACAUUUACUAAAGACCGGCAGACCCACGCAAUACCGUGUGCGUGUCAAAGAAUUGGUAUGCG